UUCCUGCUGCUGGCUCUCUUUGCUCGCUCCGAGACUCAAAGUGCGCAGAAAGGAGGAACAUGUGCGCCGUGCAGCUGCUGCGGGUGUCGGUACACGAGCGGAUCAGCGCUGCCGCUGAAGACUUUCUGCUGCAGGUGGAGAAAGGAGGAGGAAAGGCUCAAGUCCCGGCGAUGAGAGCGAUGCUCACCGAGCGGCUAACGGCGGCGGCGGAGGAGAUCGUAUCUGUGUUUGAGGAAACCGUGGUGGAGUACGAAAACAGAGUGGAGCGGUCAGAGCGGGAGAUCUGCCGCCAGAGGAGGCUGCUCGAUGCCGUGAUGCAGCCCGAAGUCCGGCUGCACAGAGCAGACUUCCUGCAACUGGUGAGUAAAGAAGAGGCUCCCUCUGAGCAGCAGCGGUGGAGCCCCCUUGUGGACCAAGAGGACCCAGAGCCCCCCCACAUUAAAGAGGAACAGGAGGAACCGUGGACCAAUCAGAAGGGAGAGCCGCUUCAACAACUGGAGGAGGCUGAUAUCAAGUUCACAUUGACUCCUGUCGCUGUGAAGAAUGAAGAAGAGAAACCUCAGUUGACACAGCUUCAUCAGAGUCAGACUGAGGAGAACAGUGUGGACUGUGGAGGACCAGAACCAGCCAGGAACUCAGGUCCUGAUGGACAUUUACAACCAGGUCCUGAGGACAAGACUGAAGACUCUUCUGAGACUGAAGUCAGUGAUGAUGAUUGGAUGGAGACCAGGGAACCUCGGUCUGGUUUAAAUACAAGAAAUAACAAACAGCCUCUAAGUGAUAUGAGAUGUAAAACUGAUAAGAAAUCAUUUAGUUGCUCUGAGUGUGGUAAAAGAUUUAGACAUGAGACCUGUCUCACGAGACAUAUGACAAUUCAUACAGGAGAGAAACCAUUUAGUUGCUCUGAGUGUGGUAAAAGAUUUAGACAUGAGACCUAUCUAACUAGACAUAUGACAAUUCAUACAGGAGAGAAACCAUUUAGUUGCAUUGAGUGUGGUAAAAGAUUCAGACUAAACGGCAGUCUAACUUCACACAUGAGAAGUCAUACAGGAGAUAAACCAUUUAGUUGCUCUAAGUGUGAUAAAAGAUUUUCGCAUAGUUGUCACUUAAAGCGUCAUGUGAGCGUUCAUACUGGAGAGAAACCAUUUUGUUGCUCCGAGUGUGGUAAAACAUUUCGACUAAAGGGCUUUCUAACUGAACAUAUGAGAAGUCAUACAGGAGAGAAACCAUUUAGUUGCUCUGAGUGUGCUAAAAGAUUUGGUAAUAAGGGCGAUCUUACUGUACAUAGUAGAAUUCAUACAGGAGAGAAACCAUUUAGUUGCUCUGAGUGUGCUAAAAGAUUUAGUCAUAAGGGUGCUCUUACUGUACAUAGUAGAACUCAUACAGGAGAGAAACCAUUUAGUUGCUCUGAUUGUGCUAAAAGAUUUAAUAAUAAGGGCGAUCUUACUGUACAUAGUAGAAUUCAUACAGGAGAGAAACCAUUUCGUUGCUCUGAGUGUGCUAAAAGAUUUAGUAAUAAGGGCGAUCUUACUGUACAUAGUAGAACUCAUACAGGAGAGAAACCAUUUAGUUGCACUCAGUGUGGUAAAACAUUUGGCAAAAGUGGCUCAUUAACUGUACAUAUGAGAAGUCAUAAGGGCGCUCUUACUGUACAUAGUAGAAUUCAUACAGGAGAGAAACCAUUUAGUUGCUCUCAGUGGUAAAAGAUUUAUAGGAAACUUUGAGUUAAAGAAGCAUGUGACAAUUCAUACAGGAGAGAAACCAUUUAGUUGCACUCAGUGUGGUAAAACAUUUAGCCAAAGUGGCAAAUUAACUCAUCAUAUGAGGAGUCAGACAGG